AUGCCUGCGCAGAGUCAAAGGAGAGGAGGUACUGCAGCUCAUCGCGGAGGGGGUCGGGGCAGAGGAAGGGGAAGGGGAAGGGGUGCGGUGAACGCCCGCUCGACAUUCAGGACAUCACGAUUACAAGAACAAGAAGAUGAUCCAGCGUCUGGUGAUGUCAACUCUGGAGAUGAAGCGUCCACGGGCCACGAGGAAGAAGACGACGCAGGGCUCGACAGCGCCCAAUCCAACAGCGAGGAUGAAGAUGAGGAUGAGGCUCCAGCGACAAACUCCUACUUGGCCCUCCUGCAGUCCUUGAACGCUCGCACGACCGAUAGUGAACCCCCAAGGAAGAAAGCAAGAACCGAACCUACUUCAGUCGAGACGAAAUCGAUCACCACGAGCAAAAAUAGCACCACAAAUUCGCAGGUUACAGCCAAGGGUGCGGGCUUAAGAGUCCAAGACGGUGAGGUACUACAAGAUGCUGAAGACGAGGAGGAUGAGGACGAAGAAGACGGACUACACGAUGAAGUGGACUCUGAGGAUGAAGAACAUAUCAUGAGUGAUCCCUUUGAGCAACACUAUGCUGCUAUGACGGAACAAGUGGUCAAGGAUGCCGCAGCACAGGUCGAGAAAAAAGACUGGCAAACUCGAUCAUCGAUAUCUGAGUCGCAAAUACGUCGGACACAAUUGUCCCGCACUGGAGAAACGCACAUUUCCCGUGCUGUCAAAUCAGCAAAAGAUUUGUUCUUGAAGCAGAGACUCAUUGAUCAAGGCACCAAGGUCGUCUCAGCACUGUCAACUGACCAGAGAAAUAUGGCGGCGGAUAUGUUUGAUUACAAGGACGUCGUUAAUGGGUGCCGGGAACUCAGAAACACAGCUCAACUACGAGACACGUCAUGUCUACACGCAUUAAACCACGUUUUGAAAACAAGGGAUCGAGUGCUCAAGAACAACACUAAACUCAGCACCCAGACCGGAUCCGAAGUACUGGACAUUCGAGAUCAGGGAUUCACUCGACCGAAAGUUCUCAUCGUGGUUCCUACCAAGCAGGCGUGUGUUCGAAUUGUGGACAGCAUAGUCAAACUCAGCGAGCCUGAUCAACAAGAGAACAAAGCUAGAUUUCUCGACACGUUUUCUCAAGAAAACGAGAAUGAAUGGCAGGAUAAGCCAGAAGACUUCCGUCAACUGUUUGGUGGCAAUCAUGAAGAAGACUUCCGCAUCGGUCUCAAAUUCACCCGAAAAACCAUCAAAUACUUCUCGGGCUUUUACAAUUCGGACAUCAUCAUUGGAUCUCCGUUAGGUUUGAUGCGAACGAUCACAACUGGAGGGGGCGGCAAAGAUAAAAAGAAGACUCACGAUGCAGAUUUCCUCUCGUCCAUCGAGGUCCUUAUUGUCGACCAUGCAAAUGCUCUUCAGAUGCAGAAUUGGCAACAUGUCGAUUACCUCUUCUCUCAGAUGAACCUGCUACCAAAGGACUCGCACGGCUGUGAUUUCUCCCGAGUCCGUCAUUGGUAUCUUGAAGGGCAAGCCAAAUACCUCCGCCAGACAAUCCUUCUCUCCGACUACCUUACCCCUGAAAUCAAUGCUCUGGCAUCCACCUACCUCCACAACCUCUCUGGCCGAGUCAAGCUCCAGCCCAGCUACCCGGGCGCCAUGCUCACCAUCUCAUCCCUUCUCCCGAUGCUUGUCCCCCAGACCUUCCUUCGUUUCUCCUCCACCACAGCCCUCCAAGACUCCGACCAGCGCUUCAAGACCUUCACUACAACCAUCUUACCACCCAUCCUCCGAGACCCGAAACAUCAAAAAGGCAUCCUGCUCUUCGUCCCAUCAUACCUCGACUUCGUCCGGCUGCGUAACUACCUCUCGACCUCGCCAGACGCGACAAACCUCUCCUUCGGCUCGAUCUCAGAGUACACGCCGCGCAAGGAUGUCCUUCGCGCGCGUUCGCACUUCCUCAACGGUCGCCACAGUCUGCUGCUGUACUCGGAGCGUGCGCACCAUCAUUUCCGAUACCGGCUGAAGGGCGUCAAGCGGGUUGUGUUCUACGGCGUACCCGAGAAUCCGAUCUUCUGGUCGGAGUUGGUUUCAUUGUUGGCGUUGAGUUCGGAGAGGGCGAAGUCGGGCGGUGGUGACGGUGGAAGCGUUGCGGUCCCGGGCAAGGGGAAAGGAGCUAUCCGCGCUUUGUUCUCCAAGUGGGAUGCGAUGAAGUUGGAAAGGAUCGUGGGGACCGAAAGGGUCGGUCGGCUCAUCAAUGAUCGCGGUGGUGAUGUUUUUGAUUUCGUGUAG